AUGAUUGAGGCAAGGAAGAAAGAAAGUGAUGUGGUAGAGGAAACUGGAUUCGAGCCUGACCUUGGUGACUCGAAGGAUCAGAAGGUUGCAUUCAGGAAAAAGGACAACAAAGCUUUGUUCAUUCUUCAUCAGUGCGUGUAUGAUACGUAUUUUAAGAAGAUCCAAUAUGUUGUGACAGCAAGGGAGGCGUGGAACAUCCUGUUGAGGUGUCAUGCAAGAGGAGAGAAGAUAAAGAAAGUAAGGCUUCAAACCUUGAGGAGGCAGUAUGAGCUCCUACAAAUGGAAGAAUGUGAUCAGGUGGGAGAGUACUUCAAUAAGGUUGUUGCACUCACAAAUCAAAUGAAACGGUUUGGAGAAAAAUUCAGUGACCUGAUGAUCAUUGAGAAGAUUACGAGAUCUUUACCUUCCAAUUUCGACUACAUUGUAGUAGCUAUUGAAGAGUCAAGAGACCUUGAGAAGAUGAAGAUCGAGGAACUUCAAAGUUCCUUGGAGGCACAUGAAAUGCGAUUGCUGGACAGAAAUACAAUCAGGAGUGGUGAGCAGGCACUGAAGAGGCAUCAUUCCAAGAAGGAAAAGAAGAAAACAUUCAAGAAAUGGAAAGGGAAAUAUGGAAAAGGAAAGUGGAGAAAUAAUAAGAGUGAUGAUGACCAAGAUGAAACUACAGUAGAAGAAAAGAAUGGUAAAUCUAAUAAAACUUUCAGCAAGAAAGACAAAAGAAAUGUUGAAUGUUUUAAUUGCCAUAUAAGUACGAGCACUACUACUACGAGUGUUAUUCUGAUAAAGGGAAGCAGAAUAAGGUGCAGAAAAAGGAGGCUCACAUGGUUUAAGAGGAAUCUGAUUCAGAACCACUCACACUGA